AUGCUCUUUGCCACCACCAAAUUCACCAUCUUCCUUGCCCUCUCCUCCAUUUCUGGUUGCUCUGCUGAAGGAAUCAGGGGCACCAACAGAAAGCUCAACCAGCCCAACCCCAACAUUCAAUAUGGCAACCCCGCCCUUGGCCCCAGGAUCAACUGUGACCGGGAGCUCACCAUGGAAAUUACUUGCCGGGAUUGUGACUUUGAAACUAACACUGCUAGGUCUGGCGUGACACAGUCAGAAGCCACAUUGGAUGUUCAAGUCAGGACCCUAAGUGAUAAGAGCUGGAAGUUGAAAAGGACCACCAUGUACACCAACUUUCCUUUCUUUGAGGAUAUGCUGGUGACUGGCACAUCCCGCAACGCAGCCCCUUCCACUCCCAUCCACAACACUUGGUCCUUGGAGCUUGCUACUCUAAAUGAUCCCAAGCACUUGCUAGCCUUGGCCACUGCCACUUUAGAGGACCAGGAUAGUGGUUUCGAAUGUGUCGUCAGCCAGGUCUUUGACUCUAUGGUUUCUCCCUUCAACACUCUUCUGGAAGCUCCUUCUUCUGCUCCUUCUUCAGCACCCUCAUCAUCCUUUGAUGACAGAAAACUCAGCCAGCUCAACCCCAACAUCCAAUAUGUCAACCCUGCACUUGGUCCAAGGAUCAACUGCGAUCAAGAGCUCACCAUGGAAAUUACUUGCCAAGACUGUGCCUUUGAAACUAACACUGCUAGGUCUGGUGUGGAACAGUCCGAAGCCACUUUGGAUGUUCAGGUCAGGACCUUGACGGACAAGAGCUGGCAAUUAAAGAGGACCACCAUAUACACCAACCUUCCCUUCUUUGAGGAUACUCAGGUGAUGGGAACUUCCCGCAGUGCUGCCCCUUCCACUCCUGUCCUCGACACGUGGUCCUUGGAGCUCAAUACUCUAGACAAUCCCAAGCACUUGCUAGCCUUGGCCACUGCCACCUUGGAGGACCAGGAUAGUGGUGUUGAGUGUGUUGUCAGCCAGGUCUUUGACUCUAUGGUUUCCCCUUUCAACACUAUCCUGGAAGCUCCUUCUUCUGCUCCUUCUUCAGUCCCCUCGUCUGACAGUGGCAUGAGGAUGACCCCUUCGGAAAUGAACCCCUAA